AGGAAGCUGCUCGCUCGCCCCCUCUGUUUUCGCAUGCGAGCGUUACAUACAAACACAAGAGAGCAUGCGCAUCGAAAUCGAUUGUCGGGAGUUUGGCGGAUUUUUGACAUAGACGAAAAAUGGCGACAACAGAAAGAGGGCUCAGAGAGCGGGAGCGCACCGACGUCUGUUUGGUUUCAGGUUUUCGUCUUCCCCUGGUGGCGCUUGCAGAAAGCAGCACUUUUAAUGCUCUGCACUUGGUCGUUUUUGUCGUAAUCUAAUAGCUAGCGCACCAACAUCGUGAUCGCCACCUUCAGCAGCGUCGUACUUUGGCAGACAACAAAAAACCGACUCUGAUUGUAGGACCUAGGGACGCUCCUGCAGAAAAAUCGAAAAAUCACAAACUGUCCACAAUCACCUUCACUUACACCACCAUGUCCUCCUCCACCUCCGCCGACCAGAAGCCCCCUGCCCCUCCUCCGCCCAAACCGCCAACGCCCCCGACCGCGGCGUCCGCGGGCGGUAACGACGGUGGCACGGACGAGGAGACCAUUUUCCAGCGCAACAUCGACAACCACGCCAACGUCACGACCGAGGAGGAAGAUGUUAGCGGCGGCGGAGGUCCACCAGGCCAUCAUACAGACACCUCUGAUUUGGAGGACCAACAAGCCUUCUACGACAGCAUCCGCCCGCAAACCACCGCCCACAGCAAGCGAUCGGGGGGUACUGGGAGAAGUAGGAGCCGCGGCAGCAUGUUCCCGCCCGCGUCCGCCAGCCGGCCGCAGUCCAUCGGCCCGGGCGUGCAGGUCGUCCCGGACAGCAUGCUCUCCACUGCGAACGCCAACAUCAACGCUCUGCGGGGCGCCGCACGGCAGUGGACGCUGUUGGCGCUGCACUGGAGGAGGCAGUCUCGGCCGGAGGUGGCGUUAAGGUACUUGUCAAUGGGAUUGGCGGAGGCGGAGGCGUUCUUUGAAAAGAUGAAUUACAAGCUGAAAAGGGAAGAAGACAAGGAAAAUAAAACCGACGGAAAAGGAGAACAAGCAGAUCAUGAGCAGGAACUUGAUGUUGAUCAGGAAAGAACAGAAAGAACAGUAGAUGGAGACAUCACCAUCGCUGGCGAGAAGAAAAUCGAGGAAUACACUGGGGAAGAACAGGAUCAGGAAGUUCUUGGUGUAGGGACAAGAAGAAACGCGGCUAGUAGUACCUUAUCAACACGACGCGGGGGUGGACCACCGCUUGCCCCGCCGCGGUCAUUUUACCCAGAACAAGGAACCACAGACGAAAUAGGAACAGCUGCUUCGUUCAACUCCUACUCGCUCUCUCCGCCCAGAUCCUCCCAACUACAUAACUCCUCCGGACCCCCGCAGAGUAGAAGUAGAGGCAGGAGCCAAGGCUCGUCUCGUCAGGGUGGUGGCCAAGAACAAGCCCAGGGUGGCACUGGCACCAGUCGUGGGGAACAAAAGUGGGUGAUUAACCAGAAGCAGAUUUCCAAACACCCCUUCCACAACCCGAGACGACCGGCGUUCUUCAACCCGGAGCCGUUUCGCGCGUCGAAAACCGUCCCGCAUCCGUUGGACAUCUACUACGAGAACCAAGCGACUAUGCAAGAAAGAAACUGUGUAAGUGUAAAUCUGUAAUGCAGAACACGCAACGGAGUUACGCCUGUCAUGCCAGACAGCUAUGAAGUUCUCUUUUCAUGUGUGUUCUCCCUCACAAGCCACGCAUGACAGGUUUUCUCUGUCACGUAGAGCAAACUUGUGAUGCUGUCAGCCAAAGAUACUUACACUGACACAGUUUUUUUCUUGGAUAGCGACGCCAGCGGGAUUACUGCAACAUCAGCAGGGAUCAAGUUCCAGGACGGGGAGUCGCAGAAGCAGGCUAUCCACAGAAAAAAGCCUAUCCAUUACCAUUUCGCAUUGCAUUUUUUUUGCAUGACAAAAAACACAGGGAAUGCAUCCAUAUGUUGCACGUUUUGCAUGACAGAAACAGAUUUGAUCUUAAUGUGGAUGGGAUUUUUUCCGGGGAUGCAGGCCGGUGAAUUUCUACUCCGACGACGCAGCGAUUGAACGAGCGAAGGAAGAGAACGCCGCAGCGGGUUCCAGGCCGGGAUCGAAAGCCGGGGGAUCGAGAUCUACGUCGCGAAGUGGCAGUAGACAGAACGUGAAUCCGCCACAGGCACAGCACACGACUUCCCUCUCCGGCUCGUCUUUGAUGGAGGUAGAUCACAGGUCCAUGUCGAUUGAGAAAGACGAGAAUUAUCCUUCGAUCUCCUUGCAGGAACCGUCCAGCACCAUUCCCCCCUCCGGCGGCCUACCAUCGGUGGACGAAAAUUUUUCCCAGACCAUCCGACCGCAUUAUUUCCAACAAGAGGACAGCUUUCUCCCCCCACCCGGCGCCUCCGCACCCUCCGGACAGUUCUUCUAUCAACAACAACAUACGAAUACGAUCCCGCCCGGGUCGAGUGGAAUAAAUGGUGCGUUUUACAAUUCAUCUUCUCCGGACAAACUGCGCUCCAAAACCGCACCCGCAGACACAUCUCCGGUGAAGAAGCCGAUGAGUGGUGGGGUCUUCAAACCGAGAAGACCAACCUUUAUGCACUGCAAAGAGAUGGAGAUCGUACUAGUAUAAAUCGCAUGACAAAUAAUGUCCUCAGCAUGAGAAAUGGAACUUGUAUUGUGGGUCUGACUUGACAAAAAAAAUUGUGAUGCAUCAUAGCGAUUACUACGAUUACGAAGGUACUUUUGCAAUGCAUAACCUCCCCCGGGCAGCAUUUCGCCGCGGCGAAGCAGAUUGAGGGCACGUUGCGAAUGAACGCCGCGGCGAUUUUAUCGCAAGAAAAAACUGUUUCACUGUAAACUUGUGAUGCAUAAAAUGGAACACAGAAGCAUUUGUCUUGCUACACAUGCAAGAAAGUAGAUUUUUAGCUGUGUUUUCCCUUAGGAAGCUUGCAUGGCAAAUUUUCUCUGUCAUGCGGAACAAACUUGUGAUGCAAAAGUUGCAAAAUCCUUACAGUGAAACACUUUUUUCCUGUGAUAGAUUUUGUCGGAUUUGAGCGCGUAUUCAGGGCAAAACUGUAUUCGUACUCGUGCUAAGAAAGAAAGUCUGUUGCAACCCACUGCGCAUGAGAAAUACCUAAGCCUACGAUGACAAAUUCAACUUCUCGGCUUGCCGAUAGAAUUUGUGAUGCAAUUUCUGCUCCGCACGAUACUUGUGCGAUGCAUAGUCCGUUUGAGGAGUCGAAAGAAGAACUGAUGGAAGCGUUGGACUGCGCGGACAACAUUUUAGACUAUCCAGUGCAAAAAUGUCCGGGUCUGCAAGAUUCCGAGGCUUGUCGUGCUUGUCUGGCAUGACCAAAAAGUUUGUGAUGCGUGUCCAAGAAGAGACCCUUUUGCCUAUCAUGCAAAAACGCAGUUUGUCAUGCGAAGAACGCAACACAAAGUAGUAGCGCAGAUAUUUCUCAUGCUUGGCUGUGCAUCUGCGUUACAGAGCAUUCACUACUCCCAACGCAGCAUUACAAGUUUCCAGACCCAGACAUAUUUGCAAUGCAUAUAGACUACUGCCAGACGAAAAUCCCAACGGAAAGACUGGACGCUUUGUACAAUGCCGGGGUGAGUUUGAAAUGCCUCUUGCUAGAAGCACUAGCGGAGACCGCGCCGAUGGUCGCCGGGUUACACCCCAUCAACAUGCUAUGGGUGUGUCAGGAUUGAAAUCGACAAAGCUGAAAUAGUGAUAACUUGUAAUGCAAAAAAUGCAUGAAAGUUGUAACCCAGUUUCCAUGUGGCGCAUGAGAAAUUUGGGUAGAGCCGAAAUCCAGUUUGUCAUGCUGUUUGGGUAAGGAAGACGCCUUUUGUCGUGCUACUUUAGCAGCUCUAUUUCUACCCCGCAACAGGCUUACACUUACAGUCUGCCUUCCUUGCCUACUCUGCAAGACAGGCACCCUGUGGGUUGCAUUUUAUGCAUGACAAACUAUUUGUUCAACUUUGACGAUUUCGAUCCUGACGCCUCCAUACAUGCGGUCCCCGAGUCGGUCGAAGGCCGCGGGGGCGGAUAUGAAUUGCAAAAGCAUCGCACUAGUGUAAAACUGCAAUACAAAUUAGCGCAGCAUGACAAAGGGAAUUUGUCAUGCUGUUUUGCCUUGGAGUGGAUUACUAUCUAUUAUAUUCAUGCGAAAAAAGAGGUCUACAGAGGGUCGAAGGGAGGUGGCCGAGAGGUCAAAAAGAGGUCGACAGAGGUCCAAAAGAGGUCGACAGAGGUGGAGGGGUGGCGCGGGAGGUCGUUCGGGAGGGUGGCCGAGAGGUGGCGCGGGUAUAGCCAGCCGAACCGUUCACCCUAAAGCCGCGCCUAUGGGGCCCGGAGGUGGCCGAGAGGGUCCCGAGAGGGUAAGCGAGAGGGGGACAGGGGUGCCGAGAGGUUGCGCGAAUAAGGAGGAACCUCCCGCACACCCUCUGGGCCACCUCUCGUCCACCUCUGUAGACCUCUACCGGCGAGUAUAGCCGGACUAUUAGCAACACCUCUCGGAAGAGGUGAAAAAGAGGGUCUGCGAGAGGGGUAAAAAAACCCGAAUCCGCUCGGCGCAGAGCUGUUUUUUUGCGGCCUUUUCAUGCAUAGGCCGGCCCGAACCCUCUCGCGCUACCGUCUCGCGCACCCUCUCGCGCACCCUCUCGCGCCACCCUCUCGCGCCGCCCUCUCGCGCUACGGCCACCCUCUCGCGCCGGGCGGCUUCUGUUCGCCCCCGGUGUUCUUUGCAGCUGCCCCGUGCGCAGGGCGCCCACAGGCGCGGGAAGCGCGCAAGUGGCCCUGCGGGUUGGCGCGGCGCAAACAGGCGGCAGGACUCCAGUAUGUUUCGUCGUGCAUUAUAUUAGGCCCGUGGCAUUAUGGUCCGAUCGGCAAACAGUCUUGCCCCGGCCCAACAGCCUUGCGCUCCGGCGGCAGCCGGAGCAUGGCUGGUACUUGUAAUGCAUGACUGCGAUUACAACUACGAGUGCGAUGCUUUUGCAUUUGAUAGCGGGGAACCAGUCGCAGUUGGACUUGCAGCAGCUGUACCGAGACCAGGCUUUAGCGGUGGCGAAAGCUUUGCUGCCGGAAGAUCACCCGUUGGUCGCAUAUUGCGAGGAGCUGGCUUUGCGGAACGCGUACGAGCAGCGCAGCCCGGUGAAGAAGAGUUUAUCAGGUAUGCUUACUUAGCAUUUUGAGGCUGAGUUGUAGAUCGCUCAAAUGCUAGUAUCUUCAUCUUUUGUGUUUUUGUGAUGAUGAUCAUUUCUAUUUCACAAAUAUUCAAGCCGUUUGCAGUGUGCACGCACAAAUGUACUAGGCGUUGCUUCUGUACGGGCAGCACGCAAAACUGCAAGUUUGGAGUUAUAAACUAGCACUUGAUGCAACUACGUGUAGUUAGGUGAAACUCAAACGUACAUGAUCAGGCGCUGCGACCACUUACACUUCUCUUUACUCCUCCACCAAUUCCGGCGGCCCCCGGGCGAUCAGCCCCGACGCGCCGAAAAAGGUGAAGCGGGAGGAACUAGAAUGCAGCACGAUGACCGACCCAAUCUUUGACGACUUGCGGUCGGCGGGGGCACAGUCGCUCGAAAACGUCCCCACCGUCACAUACGGGUAUGAUUUAGUCGAGAUGGACCAAUUGCAGGGGAACACAAAUUAUGCAUUGCAAAAGUAUCGUACUCAUAGUAAAAAUCGCAUUCAUGCAUAUACUUACAAAUUUCCUUCUCAAGCUAAAUCCGCAUUAGAAAUUUCAUUUCUCAUGCUGAGGAAAUUUGUAAUGCAAUUUAUACUAAGUGCGAUGCUUUUGCAUUGCAUACGAAUUUAAACCAAUCCAAAGACAAAGAUUCCGGAUCAUCUGCCGACGAGCACACGAAUAAGGCCAUGGCCGGGUUCUACUCGGGGCAGCCAACAACCCCGGGCGUGCAGUAUUCCGUCCCCAUCCCGGCUUUUGCGGAUUUGAUGGAAGCGAGCUCCGUUGAGUUUUUAACGGAAGAAGAGGGGGGCGCGGGAGGUGGCGAAGGUGCACCUGCGGGCGGGAGUAAAGCGCCGAGUAUCUAUGCACUGCAAAAGUAUCGUACUCGUACUAGUUGCAGUUGUGCAUUACAAAUUUCUUUUCCAAGCUAAAUCAGCAUGACAAAUUCCAUUUGUAAUGCUGAGCUACUUUGUCUUGGAAUACUACGAGUACGAUACUCUAACUCUUGCAGUGCAUAGUAUCCGGUCCGCGACAACGAGACUGAGCUCCGAAAUCGAGAAUGAGAGGAUGCGGAAAACGAAAGCGAUGAAAAUGGAGGAAAAGGGGCCGUUUUACACGGAAAAUCCGUUCAAAGAUUUCACGGACUACAAUUUAAGCAAAAAGCCGCACUACGAAUCGCCGAACUACUACAAAGAAGAAGGGGACAAGUACGAUUUUUUUGCAGCUGCUUUCAUGAUCUUCCCAAGCGUGGUGUCCUCCAGCUACUAGAACUGAUUCCAACCUUACACGACAGACAGCAUUUCUGAUUUUUCUACAUUGUUUUUUGCAUAUUUAUCAGCAUUCAAUCAUACCAGGCUCGACUACCUCUCCCGCAAUCACCGCUCCCUCGUCAACAAUUACGACCAAGACGAGCUCUUUUACUACCGAUUGCAGUGUACCGCUUGGGGACACAAGGUGCGACGGAGGAGGCUGGUAGAACUGCAGAAGCUGCGGGUGAGCAGUCAGGGAAGGGAGAGAAUAGUGAAGGAAAUGGACAAACACGAGGGAAUUAAACCGAAGCAGAUCGAGCAGGAUGGUAUUAAUAAAUGUGAUUCUGCACGUAGUUGUACCGUUUUGUUUGUCUCCUGAUCGUUGUCCUGUUGUGUAGCAAGAUAAUUUAGCAUUGUUUCUCAUGCCACCUGCAAUAGCAUGACAAAUUUCUCUUUCCAACAAAACCUACUUUCAGUCCGCAUGACCACGACGGAAAUCCGGAAUUCCAUGCGGAGCAUGGCCCAAGUUCUUCCGUCGGUCAAGACGCAUAUUCAGCGGGGCGACAGGAUCAAGGAAUCAGAGAAGGUAUCAAGUGCAAAUAUGUUUGGGUCUGGAUGAGUGCAGGAGUUUGCCAUGCUUGUCUGGCAUGACUCAUAGAUAAGUCUGUGAUGCGUGAACAGAAAGAGGGCCUCUUGCCUGUUAUGCAAAAAUACAAUUUUCCAUGCGGAAAACAAAACACACUAGCAACUCAAAUGUUUGUCUUGCUUGGCUGCGUAUAAUUGGAGUGCGCCCGCUACUCACAUUUUAGCAUCGCAAGUUUAUUCCCGACCCAGAUCGAUAUUUGCAAUGCAUAGAAGGAAAGGCUGAUUCAUUUGAUGAUGACGACGAGGAUCAGGAAAAACGCUUCCGACGCGGACUACAUCCUCCGGAUGAAACAUAUGCAAGAAAAAAACCGUGUAAGUGUAAAUCUGUGAUGCAGAAAAUGCAAAACAGUUACACUUGUCAUGCUCGACACGCAUGGUCGGCUCGCUUCCUAUGUGUUUUCCCUUUGAAUCUGCGCAUCACAAGUUUUUCUUGUCAUGGCAGACAAACUUGUGAUGCUGUUUUCCCAAAAGAUUUACACUAACACAGUUUUUUUCUUGGAUAAAACACAUGAAGGAACCACUGAAGAAAAUUUGGAUGGAAUUUGUCAACGUAUUUUUUUUUUCUAGACGAGGCUACCCACUUUCUUGAAAGAACUUGCUUGUCAUGUAUACAUGCGCUUGCAAGGCCUGAUUUGUGAUGCUUGUUUUCAUGCUGAACCAGUGUUAGUGUUGUGAUUUACAAAAAAACCUAUCUAUCAGACCCGCAAGCGUGAGACCGGGAUUCACAUCAAAUUCCACCGAGUGCAGGAAGACAUCAACAUAUCGCAAGAAAAAACUGUUUCACUGUUAACUUGUAAUGCAAAAAAUGCAUCUCAGAAGUGCUUGUCUUGCUAAACAUGCAAGAAAGCGCACUCUUGGCCGUGUUUUCCCUUGGCAACCUCGCAUGGCAAAUUUUUCCUGUCAUGUAGAGCAAGCUUGUGAUGCAAAACUCGCCAAAUCGUUACAGUGAACAAACACUUUUUUCGUGCGAUACAACAAGGUUCGCAAAGCCCACGCUGGCAUGGGGAAACAUAAACCCGGGACUCAGUCGGAUUCGGCACUUGGGAGCUUGACGAAGAAGGAAAAGGAAAUGGAGCAGGCGAAAUUACCCGGCCAAGAUUUACCGCCACCCUCCUCGUUUUUGGACUACCGAUACCGAGAUUACCGGCCGAAGGGAAGCUGGGCGGUUGAUUUCCAAAAAACUGCGUAUGCCGAGGAGGAAAAGAGACGGGCGAAGGAGGGGCUGCCACCGCUGGAGAAAGGGGCGGUGCUGCGCAUGCGGAAUGAUAGCAAGUAAUUUGUAGUUGUUACAACUUUCGCAGGACUACCUGUACCUGACCGCGAAGAACAAGCUCUGGGUGGUCAUGAUGGAGUGAGUAGCGGUUUGCAAGAACAACCAGGGGCGAGCAACCAGGGUUCCUGAUCUUCCAAUCUGUUUCGAUUGCCGGUGUGCCAGCUGAGCUAUGCCGAAAUGAGCAGAAGAAAAUAUGUAUAGAUUCGUUAUUUAAUUGACAUCCUCACAACAAGUUUUCACAACAAGAAAUCCAAGAUGUAGUUUCUAGAUCUAGACAAAAUUCCUUGUAAAUUAGGCACAGAUAUUAAUUUUUCCUUGUGUUUAAUUCUGUCUGAAAUUGAAAAUGACCGACUCUUGUAUAAUCUUGAACAGGCAAGAACAAAAAUAAGCAGAACAGCAGCAGUUCCUUGCUGAGGAUCUUUUCUUCUAUUGCUAAACCUUGUACCAAUUUGACAAUAACAUGAAAAGUGAACGAUUCAAAUAUAACUGGCCUUGCGGAGAUGGAAUCUAAGAAUCUUCACAUUGCGACAACUCCUACUAGAGAUAGCGCUUGGCAGCCAAAUUUCAAUUUUGGUAUAAUAGAAAACUGAAAAUGCACGACCUCCUACCCCCGACGUCUAUGAAAAUGAAAAUCUCUCACUCUCAGACUGCAC